CAUCUAUCUAUUUCCUACUGCAAUUAAUUAUUACUCAAUUUGUUGUCAUAUUUCUAAAAAACCAAAAGUUAAGAAAAUGGCAAAAUUAUAUGAGAAUGAACACCCAGUAAAGGCAUUUGGAUGGGCAGCUAGAGAUACUUCUGGUGUUCUUUCUCCUUUCAACUUUACAAGAAGAGCCACGGGUGAGAAGGAUGUGCAGUUCGAAGUUAUGUAUUGUGGAAUUUGUCAUUCUGAUCUUCAGCAACUCAAGAAUGAAUGGAGCAAUAGCAUAUAUCCAAUGGUACCUGGAUAUGAAGUUGUUGGUGUGGUAACUGAGAUUGGUAGCAAGGUGGAGAAAUUUAAGGUUGGUGACAAAGUAGGUGUGGGAUGUUUGGUAGGAUCAUGUCGCAAAUGUGAAAACUGUGACAACAAUCUCGAGAUUUACUGUCCCGAUCAUAUAAUGACAUACAAUGGUAUUUACACCGAUGGAACCACCACGUAUGGAGGUUACUCUGAUAUCAUGGUAACGGACGAGCACUACGUGGUUCAUUGGCCGGAGAACUUGCCAAUGGAAGCUGCUCCAUUGCUAAAUGCUGGAAUCACAACUUAUAGUCCUUUGAAAUAUUUUGGACUUGACAAACCUGGAAUGCAUAUUGGUGUUGUUGGUCUUGGUGGCCUUGGCCAUAUAGCUGUGAAAUUUGCCAAGGCAUUUGGAACUAGAGUGACUGUUAUUAGUACAUCUGCUAGUAAGAAACAAGAAGCAAUUGAGCGUUUAGGUGCGGACUCAUUUUUGGUUAGUCGCGACCCUGACCAAAUGCAGGCUGCAGCGGGCUCGCUUGAUGGCAUCAUUGACACUGUCUCUGCAGUUCACCCACUUCUUCCAUUGAUUAAUUUGUUAAAAACUCAUGGGAAGCUUGUAAUAGUUGGCGCACCAGAUAAACCACUAGAGUUGCCUGUAUUUCCCUUGCUUUUAGGAAGGAAGCUAGUAGCAGGGAGUGCCAUAGGAGGGAUAAAGGAGACUACAAGAGAUGGUAGUAUUUCGCGGCAAAGCAUUAACAUUACACCAGAUGUUGAAGUCGUGCCAAUGGACUAUGUGAAUACAGCUAUGGAGCGUCUCGCGAAAUCGGAUGUCAAGUACCGUUUUGUGCUUGACAUUGGGAAUACAUUGAACAAGAGUUAAGACACUGGACUUCUUGUUGUCUCAUAUCUCUGUAUUUUGGGGCAAGAAAACUAGAAUUUGGCCGACCAUGUGUGUUUGUUAGUCUAUUAAGAACCGGAUUGCAUAAUGUAUUUUGCCAUAUAUAGGCUUAUGAAUUUGUUUAGCACGCACCUAUUGGUGUUUAUUUCUUA